ACUGCACCUACCCAUAUAAUAAGAGCCAUAUCCCUCGGUAGUUGGGGAUUAAGAAAUCGGAGUACACAGCUUUGCUAAUUUUAAUACUCCUCUCUCACUACCGACCCCAAAAGAGAGAGAGAAAAAAAACUCAAUAUCAAAAUGGGUCCUCAACUGUUUCUGAUCAUGGGAUUGUUCCUCCAACUGCUCUCUGCCCACGAGUUACAUCCACGCGAAAGCCCUGACUGCCAGUUCGCAGUGGCCGCCUCCUACCUGGGAGAAACAUGCGACACUUUCACUAGGAGGUGGCAUAUUGAUCGUCCCACAUUUUUAUCGUUGAAUCCGGGUGCCGACUGCUCCGGCCUUGCUGAUGAUCGCACCUAUUGUGUGGAGGCUGUCUCGUCGGUCUCGGCUGCUGCUUCUAUGACAACGACAUCGUCCACAACCAGCUCUCCAACGGUAUUGUACACUACCACCGUUAGCUCGACAGCUACAGCCUCCGCAGUCACUGGCAGUUCUACAGUGACAUCUUCUACAACUACCGACAGCUCUACAGAGACAUCGUCCGCAACCACCGAUAGCUCGACAGCGACAAAGGAGUCUACUACUCCUACAUCUACCUCUGAGUCUUCCGCCACAGCUUUCAAUAUUCCUCUGCAGAUGACAAUGAUUAUUGCAUCAUUGCUUUCUCUCUGCUUUAUUUAACCGGGCUUUCUUCCAAGACAUGUCAAUACAAUGAUAGACAUGAACCACAUCGGUGCCUUUCCAGGAGCCUAUGUGCUUUUCGGCGUCUAGAUGGUAUUUAGAAUUUAUGUCAGAGCCCUGAAGGAUUUAGCUCAGAAUAUUUCGUCAG